AAACCCCGUCUAGGAGCCAUGCGCACCUUGUUCCCCUCACUCUUCCUCUGUGUGACUGAGACAUUGUGGUUUAAUCUGGAUCGACCCUGUGUGGAGCAGACAGGGCUGCAGCGGCAGGAACGGCAGCAUCAGGCCUGGCACUCUGAUGAUGAGGAAGCGGGAGAUGAAGAUGAGGAUGAGGAUGGUGAAGAGGACUCAGAGGGUGAUGAGGACGUGCAGGGCCUGGAUGAGACGAAUGACUACAAUGAGUCACCCGAUGAUGGAGAGGUCAGUGAGGUGGACAUGGAAGACACCUCGCAGUAUCAGGACCACUGGAAGAUCUAG